AUGGCGAACGUAGCGCUGAUCGGAUGCACAGGCAUGGUGGGAUCCCACAUCCUCACCAGCCUGCUAGCCAACUCUGGUGUCACUCGAGUUGAUACAAUCUCCCGCCGAACCCCCCAAGCUGCCAGCGGUGCCCCCCAAUCCAAGCUCACCACUUUCGUAUCCGACAAGACCGAAACCUGGACCGGACAGCUCUCGGCACUCACACCUACCCCGGAAAUCUUCAUCUCCGCCUUUGCCACGACCCGAGCCAACGCCGGUGGAUUCGAGAACCAGUACAAGAUCGAGCAUGGCCUGAAUGUUGAAAUGGCGCGUGCUGCGCGCGAUGCUGGCGUCAAGGUCUACGUGUUGAUCUCCAGCGCGAACGCGAACAAGGCCUCGAAUAUUCCCUACACGCGCAUGAAGGGCGAGAUUGAAGAAGAUGUCAAGGCGCUCGGUUUUGAGCGUACUGUGAUUGUGCGGCCUGGUUUGAUUACUGGUACGCGUGAGGAGAGUCGUCCUUUGGAGGCGUCUAUUCGGUUUAUUGCUGGGUGGGCUGGAAAGUUGCACUCGGGCUUGAAGGAUGGUUGGGCGCAGGAUUCGGAUGUUAUCGCUCGAGCUGCGGUCAAUGCAGGGCUGAAGGCACUUGAGGGCGAUGUUCCUGCUGGUAGUGAGAAGGUGUGGAAUAUUGACGGUAGCCAGAUUAUUGCGCUUGGAAAGGAUUCUGCUGGCUCGUCUUAG